GCUGAGGUGAUGACGUCGCGGUGCAUCCUGCUGGGCUGCUGAGGUGAUGCCACCUGCGCGCCGCUGUCAGUGUACUCAGUCCGCACCAAUGACGACUCCACACUUCCACACGACUGCACUUCCCCACAGGACACACUGUUGACUUAUAGUUCAAAAGCAAAGAGGAGGUAGCGAACGUUUUAAGGAUGGACUCGAAGCGGGAAAAAGACCAUGGAGAUGCAGAAUUUGAGAAAAUAACUGCAGUGCUGCUGAAGUCACGCACAGGCGAAUUCGAUCUUGAAUCUAUUUUGUUUCUCAAGUUCAGAGGACUUGGAAUACACGAUCUCGGAUGUAUUGGGGAGUGCACAAGCUUGGAGAGAUUGGACCUUUCUGGAAAUAACAUAACCAAUCUAGCUCCUCUCGCCUCCCUGAGGAUUCUGGUCGUACUUAACGUCUCAGCCAACCGCAUUUCCAAUUUGGAACCCCUUUCUAGUUGCGACAGUUUACAGAGUUUGAAUGUGGCUGGUAAUGUCAUAUCAAGCAUCGAGACACUCCAAUGCCUUCAGUCUUUGAGAAAGCUUGAGAGUAUACGACUAAAAGACAACACUUAUAAUUAUACCAACCCGGUAUGCAGGAACUCAUUGUAUCGAACCAUUCUGCUUGAGAUGUUUGCCAACAUCAAGGUCCUAGAUGGUGAACGAGUUGUGGGACGUGGAAGUGACCUGUAUCAACUAUGCAAAGACAUUGAUGACACUAUAAAAGCUGGAACAUACAAAAACGGACAACUGUCCGAACAUCUGGAUUACAAACCAUGGGUGGAAGAUAACUAUUGGGAAAUAAAGAGAUCAAACAAUGCCAUCGUUGAAGAAGCCUACAAGCAGUUCAACGAUGUGCUUCAUGAAUGCAGACUACUGAACAGCAGAGCCACGCACAUGAUUUCACAAACUGAACGAUCAAUGAGCCUGAAGAAGCAGCCAAAGCAGUAUACUGUAUAAACAUGCUGUUAUCCUACCAUUGGUUGUAUUCAUAUGAAGUGUUCAUGACUUGUACUGUAUUUUUCCUAAAAACUAUUAUCCUAAUGCAUACAGCAUUGUUGCCUACAUACUAUUGCAAUUAAUGUUAUUCGGAAAAUGUGUGCUUUAAGAGAUGCAGUUGAGAGGUUUAAACUAAAGUCCUAUUUACUACCCUCAGGCUUCUGUGAAUAUUUGUUUACUAGCAUAAUGUUCGUUCAUGCACCUUGCAUUAACGCUAACUUUGGCAAGGGAAGGCUGCUUUAAAACUUGUAGUUUUUUGGUAAAGCUGCUUGAUUUUACAUCGCUAGAUCAUUUUGGGAUAGUGUCCUAUUGUGCUUGCUUUGAAAUUAACUUUUGCAAAGAGCGACUGAAAGAUUGUUUUAGGUUUUUUACUUGUUUUGUAUUUUCUAUGUUUACCCAUGUUACAUUGACAAUGUAACAAUACAUUUGCCGUCAACUGGUCCUAAUCAUUUCUACAAUGCUCCCGUCUUUCUGUAAUGAUUAAAACGUUAUCCCUU